AUGUAUUGCCAUUUCCUUGGCGGGCCUUGCAGCGUGCGCGGGUGGGAAGCAGCCCUGGCAUUGCUGAUGAAGGCUGACUGUGGCAUAUGGUCUCCCGGCGGCGAUGUGGUGCACAACGCCCUUCUCAGCGUGUCGGAGCCCCGGCCCUAUGCCUCCGUCCAUACGGGCCCGCUGGUUUCCGCGUACCGGUUUCAUCGUUUCAUCGUCAUUUCGUUGGAGUCGGUGCCGCGCACCGUGGUGAGCCAUGCAAGAUGCAGGGGCAAUCAGGAGCUGCCCCACGUGAAUUUGGUCUUCAUUGGCCCCUCGGGCAGCGGCAAGUCCACCAUGCUGGGGCAUCUCAUCGCCGAGAGUGGCGCCAUCGACGGCGAGAACCUGCAGCGGAUCUUUGAUGAGGCGAAGGAGCGAGGUCAUCCAGAGAGAUGUUAUGCAUGGAUCCUGGACAAGUUGAGCUGCGAACGCCAGCGUGGCAAUAGCAUGUACGUGGCCAUGUGGAGGUUGGCGUCCCGCAGAUGUCGCUUUACCAUCAUGGACGCACCCGGGCACAGCGAUUUCUCCCAGGAUAUCGUGACAGCCAUGUCGCAGGCCGACAUCGCAGUGCUGGUGGUGCCAGCCGCAGAGGAAUUGGAACAGGAGAAGGAAUGCGAGGGUCAGUUGUGUGAACACACCCUGCUGGCCUGUACUCUGGGGCUGCGAAGGAUGGUGGUGUGCGUCAACAAGAUGGACACCGAGGUGGUUGGCUUCUCCAAGGAGCGCUUCCUGGCGGCCUGCCAGGUGGUGCGUGAAGGUCUGAAUGCUGCGGGCCUGAAAACCCAUGAUGUUUACUUCGAUGUGCACUUCGUACCCUCAUCUGGUUGGUUUGGAGACAAUGUCACAAGCCGCUCUGACAAUAUGCCGUGGUACUGUGGACCGACCUUGAUCGAGGCACUGGAUGAAACAGUGGCCUCUCACUUCAAGCCUGACCGGCCGUUGCGUUUUCCUCUACAAGAGGUGAUGAAGGUGGGCGGCAAAGGUACAGUUGUCGUGGGCCGCGUGGCGACUGGCUCUUUGGUUUGCGGUUCUCGGCUGGUCUUCGCGCCAGGGAAUGUCGAGGCGCAGGUGACUUCCAUUACCAUGCAGCACGAGGAACUCGCUGAGGCAUUCAGUGGGCACAUGGUCUCAGUGACGGUGGAUGUUGAAAUGAGCGAACUCAAACGAGGAAUGGUUGGAUCUGCUGUAGAUGACAAUCCUGCUCGAGAGUGCAGCUCCUUCAUUGCACAAGUCAUCGUUCUGAGUGAUCCACGCGCUGGUGCCAUUCGUGCCGGCAGCGAGCUCACGGUGCUGUGUCACACAGCACAGGUGUUGUGCAGCUUCAGUGAGCUCUUGUCGCGCACGGACCGGCGCACAGGCGUAGUGCUCGGCUCCAAUCCCUCUCAGCUGGCUGCGGGUGACGCUGCCGUGGUGCGCUUGAAGCCGCUCUCCACGCCACUCUGUGUGGAGGCCUUUGAGGAAUACCCUGCCCUUGGCCGUUUUUCGGUGCACGACCAGAAGAUCACAGUGGCGGUUGGAGUGAUCCAAAAGGUGGAUCAGUUGGCUCCUUGGACACGAGCACCUCGUGUCUUGAGGUCCAGCGCUCCCAAAGCGCGAGCCUUGAAACCGAGCAAAGCUCGUGACCGAGCGAAGCUCAUGGAUUCCGGGGAGGAGCAGGAGCCAGCCAUGCCCCAUGGCUCUGCCAGCCCUCCUUCCGCUCCGCUGGGAGCCACCUGGCAGGCCUGGAAGGCAGCACCUCCCCAGUCUUUGGCAGCAGCGCCACAUGGCUACCCCACGCAGACCUUGUCGCCUUUCGCCGCCUUUGGUGCAGUGGCCGCCAGCCAGGCGACCGUGACCGCGGAGCGAUGGGAUGAUUCAAAUGUUUGGGGUGGUGGAUCCACGAAACAACAGUCAUCUUGUCAAUGA